CUCUGACGUCACCACGCAGUACAGUGCCGUCAGCAGCGCAGCAGCAGGUGAGCUCGUGUCUCCGGUGUGAACAGGUCAGACCGUCUCGUGCUCAGGUGAGUCCAGGUGUGUGACCGCAGUCAGACAUGUACUACAAACUGAACGGAGUGACGCAGCGCCUUACCGGAGCUCCCGCCGCCGCCUACAGCCCGCAGGGUCUGCGUCCAGGUGUCCCAUCUGUCAGUCCUCCAGUCAUCUUUGCCUCUCCGACCAAACUGGCGUCUGAAACAGGAAGUCAGGUGGAGUACCUGGGAGCCAACAAAGUCCCUGACCUGCAGAAACUCUUCCAGAGGUCAGACGGCGUGCCGAUCCACCUGAAGAAGGGGCUGAUGGACCGGCUGCUGUACCGGUCCACCAUGGGGCUGACGGUGGGCGGGGCGCUCUACUGCUUGAUGGCGCUCUACUUCGCCGCCCAGCCCAGCAAAGACUGAUGCCGCAGAGCUGCUGUGCAGUGAUUGGACAAGAGGUUUUUGUGUGACCUUCAGUAUGACAGACAGAUGACGAGGCGUUCAGGGACGGUUGGGGGUUUUGUCGAAGUGUUGACGGACAGUUUCUGCAGAACACGAACACUUUGUACAGAAAAUAUUAAAAAUAAAAUCUAUUUUGUUGUAAAAGAA